CCCUCGGGGAGGGAGAGCGGGUGGAGUGCGAGGCUGGCGCGCCAGCAGGGCCAGAGCCGGCCUGGGAACCCGCGGAACCCAGCGCAAAGAGCGGAGCGCCUGGGCGGCGGCGGCGGCGCACGCUAUGGCUCCCGCCGGAGACCGCGAGGGCUACUGGGGCCCCACGACCUCCACGCUGGACUGGUGCGAGGAGAACUACGCGGUGACCUGGUACAUCGCCGAGUUCUGGAAUACAGUGAGUAACCUGAUUAUGAUUAUACCUCCAAUUUUUGGUGCAAUUCAGAGCAUUAGAGGUGGACUGGAAAAGCGGUACAUUGCUUCCUAUUUAGCACUCACAGUGGUAGGAAUGGGAUCCUGGUGCUUCCACAUGACUCUGAAAUAUGAAAUGCAGCUAUUGGAUGAACUCCCAAUGAUUUACAGCUGUUGUAUAUUUGUAUACUGCAUGUUUGAAUGUUUCAAGACAAAGAACUCUGUAAACUACCAUCUGCUUUUUACUUUAGUUCUGUUCAGUUUAAUAGUAACCACAGUUUACCUUAGGGUAAAGGAGCCUAUAUUCCAUCAGGUCAUGUAUGGAAUGUUGGUCUUCACAUUAGUAGUUCGAUCUAUUUAUAUUGUUACAUGGGUUUAUCCAUGGCUUAGAGGACUGGGUUAUACAUCCUUGGGUGUAUUUUUAUUGGGAUUUUUAUUAUGGAACAUAGAUAACAUCUUUUGUGACUCACUGAGGAACUUUCGAAAGAAGGUGCCACCUAUCAUAGCUGUUACCACACAGUUUCACGCAUGGUGGCAUAUUUUGACUGGCCUUGGUUCUUAUCUUCACAUCCUUUUCAGUUUAUAUACAAGAACACUUUACCUGAGAUACAGGCCAAAGGUGAAGUUUCUCUUCGGAAUCUGGCCAGUGAUCCUGUUUGAGCCUCUCAGGAAGCAGUGAUGAAUUAUUUCACCAAUAAAACAAAAUAGCACGUACCAUAGGCCUGGUCAAAUGUUUAAGGAAAUCUUUAGAGAUCUACACAUUCAAAUAUAUCAUGACCAUCGCAGCAAAGGAGUGACUUUCUGACUAAUGCUGCCAGCCAUGCAGAGAAUGAGGAAUGGGGCUUGUUGGAUGUUUAGCUUGUGUCUUUAUCUCAUUUGUCUUCCUCCUCCUCACCGUCACUCUAAGAUGUUUCAAAAGAAACAGACAUGAUUUUAUGUAUAUACUCGAAUGCUGGAAAUAUUGGGCUUUUCUUAACAGGUUAACAGUUUGUGCUGAUCAUAGGAAAUUAACCUUUUUCUCUUUUUUUGACAAGGCUUGCAUGUGAAUUAAACUUUUCUUAAUAUUUGAUUAAAUAAUGAAAACAGCCAGCUAAGGACUGGCAAAACCCCAUAUCCAGAUGGCCAGCUGUGAGGCAGCACUUAGCUAUUUCAGCCUUGAUUUAUAUUUUUGUCAUAGUAACCUCAUGGAUGGUUUCCCAAGGUAAAAAAAAAAAAGAAAAGAAAAGAAAAGAGCUAUCUGUGGGAUUCUGGUAGUUCUUCAUUGUCUGCCUCUGUGCUGGUCCGAGUGUUAUAAGCAAGCUCAGACCUGCCACUGGGUUCUAUACUUGUCACAUUCCAGAUUUGCGGUGGGCUCUGGGAUGUCGUUUGUGGUCACAGCCCGGCAGGGUGGGUGGGUCAUCUUGUAACCUUUAUGAAGGCCACCAGGACACCUGUAGAAUAUUCCACCUCCACCCAGUUAAAGGUGGUUGCUCCGUUUCCUUUGAUCUUUGCAGACCUUUAAGUUGUCACUGUUUUUAUGGCUAGGCAAACAUGAUUGGUGGGCAAACAUAUUUCAUCCUCCUAGAAUAACUCAUUUGAAGUUACCAGUAAAUGUCGUUAUACUCUGACUUUUAAAAUUAUGCAAUAUUUUCCAGUUUUCAGAGAGGCCAUGGUUAUGCCCAGGGAAAUGUGUUGGGUUAACUAGAGCCAAAAUCAUCAGGAUCUUAUGUACAUAAAGCUUAUUAGAAUACCUGCUCCUUCAUUUUGCUGAAGGAAAGAGAUAUAAGGGUUGAAAACAGCUCUAACUUACUUGAACUUGUAACAGAACUACCAAAAAUUAAAGUGCUAAGACAUGGCGGUGAAAUCUCAUUGUAAGGCAGCUAGUUCUAAUUUGGAUUUGAAUGUAUAACAAAUUGAAUCACUCUUCACAAACAUAACACCUGCCUGAAAUAAAAGCCUGAUUUGACCCCUUUGUAGACCCCCUUUGUAGCUCUGUACCAUUUAGCAUUUUUACAACUUUUCCCUGCUUAUACAUUAUUAUAAAAUCCAGGUUGUUUUUACUACAUGAUGUCAUUACCCCAGAUUAAAUUCUGAGCUACAGCUUCCAAAGGAAAGUCACUUUUUUCUUAAGCAAAGGUGUAAGACACUUCUGUUGUUUUUCUAGUAUUCAGUAAGAAGGCUUGGUACAAAUUUAAAACGAAUACAGAUUUUGUUGUUUUUCUUCACUUGCUGGUCUUAGUUUUAGUCCAAGUACUAUUUUCCUUACUUUAGCAUGCCAACAUGCCAUUAGGCAGAUACUUCCCACCUGCUUUUAUGAUCCUCCAGCAAGAAAAACACUUGCCAAAAUAUAAAUCUAAAAGAACUUUGGUUGUGCCUUAGGAAAAUAUAAACUAAACAGUUCCAACACAAGCCUGUAAGACUGUUCUUUAUUUUGCCACAAGAUUCUGGCGUCUGGCUACAUUCAUGUGCAACUACCUAGGCUGUCAGUCAUCUAACAAUUUUUAAUGAUUUCAUUUGUUUCACACCAUUGUCAUUUUUGUACUUUUCACUAAGAAAUACUUCUGUAUAAAGAAUCUGUAUAAAAACAAAGGUACAUCCUUCCUAACAAUGCUAAACGCUGAGACUAAGGUUCUGCAGUAUUAAGGUCAGAUUAAGGGUACAGAGAACACGCCCUGACGCUGAGGCCCUUUAGAGCAGUUUGUUGAAUGAGCAAUUCAGCCACUGCCACCUGUAGUUUCUUAUUGAAUAAAGCUGUCCAGCACCUUAGAGACUUGUAACACUGUGGCCAAGUCUUCAAAGACCCUUGUUUCUGUUGUAAAAACAAACAGCAUGAAACCACUCAGCAAAGAAGUUUUAGAAGGGUUGAGCAGAAAGCAGAGCCUAAAUCCAGGCUCUUUAAUUUUCCAAGUUAGUUUUUGUCUCACACAUGGCUGCCUUUUUAGCAACCUAAGUGUUAGCACACUCAAGACUUUGUAUCUGUGCCAUAUCAAGUAUUGUGGAAAUACUGGUGACCUUUAGGAUAUUGCUAAAUUGCCUUUAUUUCAAUAUGGCUUAAUUUUUUUCCCUUCUAGGACGCUGGGUUGUAUUAUUACAGGGUUGGGUUAUUACCGUCCCCCCCCCACUUUAUUUUCUUGAGAGGGUCACUGUUAACUAGAGUGUACAAAAAAACCUGUUUCCUUUUGAGCAGACAGUGGUUUGUGUGCAUAUCAACUGAUGUGAAAGGUCCUCGUCUCUGAGCCCUAUAGCAAAUUGUAUUCUAGAAAACAUUAGUACUUUAUGAGGAUGUGAAAGAAGCAGUUAGCUUGCACAUUUUAUUGUACUACCUAUGCUGCCAUUUUCACUCCAGAAAAUUGAAAGCAGUUUGACUCUUUUAUGGAAAAACUAGGUGAAAGGUGGUUGUGUUCAUCUGAUUGGUCACUCUACCUGCCUACCCCUUCGCACCUUGGUGCUUUCAUGAAACAUUGACACUCCUGAAGUGAUCUCUUUUAUCCUUGUGAUAUUAUAUAAAUUAAUGAUGAACAGGAGGAACAUUUGUUUUUGAAUAAUACACAAAUGAGACCCCCAAAUAGUGGUAUUUGGUUUAGAAUUAGAUCAAAUAUUAUGGUUUAACCUCAGUGCAAAAUUUCCAGGACUGGGCUUUCCUUACACCAAGAGGGUUUUUCAUAUACCAAGGAGAGGAAGAGGUGUGAGUCAAAGAAAAUCAAGAGACCAAAAACUUCAGGUACACGAUGCAUGAAAAUCUUUAAAUGCCUGAAAAAAAUUAAGUUCUGUUUUAAUGCCAACACCCUCAGAAUUUAGCCAGUGUUCCUAGAGGUGACUAAUAAUUUAGUUCAAGGGUUUUUUAUGAGUCCUAUGGGUUGCAUAUGACUUUGCUCUUGAAAAAAAUCAUCUGUUGCUAAGUUUAACAGUUUUAGCUCUCAGUUCCGCAUUUACAUGACAGAAAAAAUUAUUCUAGCCCUGUGGUUUAUGAUGUGCUACUGGAUAAGUGUUUAUGUAAAACUGGUGUUUCAAAGAGAACCAGUUCUAAUUGGAAUUUGCAACUAAGUGGCAAUUUGCAGAUCUACCUCUGUCUUACAUUGUGCAUCAUAUCAAUACCAUAAUAUAAUUAGUUUGAUCA